AGAAAACCCUUUGUUCAAAAGAUAUAUAUAUAUAUAUAUAUAUCUUUGCGUGUUUGAAAUAUUUUAUGGAAUUUAAACCUAUCAUUAUGGGUAUAAAUAGAUAUGACUCGUAAUAAGUGUGACUGAUAACAAUAUCCAAUAGAGCGAAAGAGAAAUGGACGAAAACAGUGCUUGGCUACUGAGAUUUGUUGUGUUUCUUCUAGUUGUUCUUUUGGUCCCAACCCAAACAGAAUGUGUUCUUCCCUCUCAACAAAAACCACUCCCAAAAGUCCUACAAAACUAA